AUGGUCAAGUCUCAGGUCCAAUCCGACCGCCACCUGAAGAGGCUGGCUGACUACUGCUCGUUCCCGAGGGGAUUCCCGAUCGUGUGGUACCGAGCUUCGGGGGAGAUCGUGAGUUUUGGAUUCUACCCCAAGUUCGACAACGACAAGGCCCUACCAGUUGUGAAGAUGGAAAACUUCAAGGGGGCACGGGAGAUCAGAUUCUUCCGGAAGUGGAGCGGGUUUUUGUCGAUGGUGGUGCCGGUUCGGUCUCCUCGAGACCCCUCCAGAACAUGCUGGACGGUCACCUCCAAGAACUCGGCGAUCUACGUGGACGGGCAGACAAGGGAGCGAGGCCGCGGGCACCUGCUGGAGAGUGCUUGGGGCCGGCGGCCCUCUGGGACCGAGGUGGUUGGGCGUCGCGUGAUCGGGGGGCAGUCAAUCAGGGGGGCAGGGAGGGCUGCAGAGAAGCCACGCAGUGGCGAAGCGUCCUGGCGUGCUUGUAGUCCUACCAAAGAAUGUUCUAAGAACGUUUUUGUGGUUCCCACGAAAGGUUCUUAG